GAGCUUUCAUUGCAAUGACCUCAUCCCUGGUGUGGGAUGACGUCAAAUUCAAGAUGGAUGGAAUCACGACCAGUGCGCAGAAAUCCAAACAACACUGAAUACAGUCCCUGUUGUUUGGAUUAAGAGAACUUAAUCGCGAGGGUUGAAAUGGAGAGCCUCGUGCACUACAGCAAUCCUGCGCACCCCCUCUCGGUGCUGGGGCUCCUCAACGAGCAGCGCCUGCGGGGCCAGAUGUGCGACGUGCUCCUGGUCGUGGCGGACCAGCGCUACCAAGCCCAUAAAAGCGUCCUGGCUGCCAGCAGUGAAUAUUUCCAGUCCCUCUUCACCAGAACGGACGACACAUCACCCAAGGUCGUAAACCUGGACUUCUGCGAGCCGGAUGCCUUUGAGAUAGUUCUGAAUUAUAUUUACUCCUCCUCGCUUUUCGUGGACAAAGGCAGCCUUUCAGCAAUUCAAGAGCUGGGCUACAGCCUGGGAAUUCCGUUCCUCACCAACAUUGCGUCCGCAAGGCCACACGCGUCCUAUUGCGUCUCGAGAAAAAGGCUGUCGUUCACAGACGGCGACGAGAAUGACGCGCAGACGAGGAGCGUCAUCGUGUGUCGUGUCCGCAAUGACGCAUCCACGCUCACCCGUACAAACCAUCAGGCGAAAACACCGGAGAGAUCGUCAUCAUCAUCAUUGUCUCUUCUCACCGAGCCUCCAUCAGAACAUCAGAACUCGGAACCGAUCACAAGUAAAUCACCGGAAAUGUGCGAAACCCCUGAAAGGAGGUCCACCUACCCGUACACCUCCAUACUCAAAGGGAAUCCAUCUUACAUGUCUUCUAUUAGACCCCAACUCAAAACAUCUGCGUCCUUCAGCGACGCUGAGGUUCAGCACAUAAGGAUGCCGUCUUCCUCCGACCAGGACAUGACCGAGGAACCCGCGGAUCAAGAGCCUCACGAUAAUACCAAAGCGGCUCUUCAUGGCCACGCCUCCGAGCUGAGCCAAUCCAUCGACCGGAGCGGCCCGCUCAUAAAGAGUCUCCUCCGAAGAUCGCUCUCCAUGGACAGCCCCGUUCCGGUCUUUUCGCCGACUCUGGAGCUCAAGGAGCUGCAGAAUCACGAACAGUCGCUCGUCAGGACGGCAUCCGAGUCAGAGAGAUCCGCUCACAACGGAAACGCCAGAACAUCUCCGCUCGUUCUCCGGUCCAAGCACCCCAGCAGACGCGACGAAGAAACUCAAGUCGAGUCGACGGAGUGCGUGAAAGCGGAGCCCAGCAGUCCGCUCGCCGACCCUCUUGAUAUCAUCCGAAUCACGGUCGGAGAAGCCUUGCCGGUGAACCUCAAAGACCUCCGGACAAAUUUCAAUCAGUGUUCCAAAACGAGCUUCACUCCCCUCGGGAAACGAAAGGAACGACCAGAUAAUAGACGGUACCCGUUUAAGAAGAACAAGACAUUCAAGCCGCAUCCCGUCUCCUCCGACGACAACGCGUCGUCGCUCGCGUCUCACAGCACCGGCGACGAUCAGGAGAACAACAUGGAGUCGCUUCCGAACAAGAUUUUCACGUGCUGGAACUGCUUCAAGGUUUUCAGGUCCAGCACCGGACUACACCGCCACGUCAACAUGUACCACAACCCGGAAAAGCCGUACGCGUGCGACAUCUGCCACAAGCGCUUUCACACCAACUACAAAGUGUGGACGCACUGUCAGACCCAGCACGGCGUCCUGCAAAACCCGGCGUCGUCCUCCAGCUCCCCCGGGACGGAGGACCGGUUUCAGAAGAAGCUGAUCGACAUCGUGCGAGACCGAGAAAUCAAGAAGGCGCUACUCUGGAAGCUGAAAAGGAACAAGCAAGCGUUGCAGUCGCCCGCGCUCGCCAAGCAGCGGUCGCGGUCCAGCUUCGUGUGCCCUUACUGCGGGAAGGUCUUUGCGUUCCAGUCUCAGUACAGGCAACAUCUAAGGACGCACCCUGCGGAAAAAGCUGACCGCGACACAUCAGGGGAGCACAUCCUGUACCGGGAACAGGACGCGGCGCUGCAGCAGAAGGACCCCGACAGCGGCGUUUACGCCUGCCGACUUUGCAACACGAAGUUGCCUUCGCUCGCCGAGCAGGGCGAUCACGAGCGAGGCUGCCGCCAUUCCACCGUGUGCCCGUACUGCGGCCUCCGAUUCUCGAGCCCGGUCGUCAAGAAGGACCACGAGGCGCACUGCAAGUACAAGAAACUGACGUGCCUGGAGUGCAUGCGGACCUUCAAGUCCUCGUUCAGCAUCUGGCGCCACCAGGUGGAGGUCCACAACAACAACGUGAUGAACAUGAAGGAGCAGAUGAGUCUGAGGCAGCAGGAGCACAGCGAAGAGCAUUACACCAGCGAGCAUCUCACGACCGAGAGCAACAGCUACAACGACUCCUCGGGUACAACGAUGUACGACUCGGAGGACUCAUCGUCGUUUGUGCCCGAGGACCUCAGCAUGGGUCACCACGGGAAACUGGUGGUGAAGGAAGAGCCGCUGGAGGAGGCCGUGAGCGAGAGGGAAGAAGCGGACGCUGGCCACGCCGGCGCCGAGGAACCCGGCGUGUGGCCGUGCGAGAAAUGCGGAAACCUCUUCAGUUCCCGCAAAGACCUGGAGCGCCACCAGGAGCUGCUGUGCCACAUCAAGCCCUUCAUUUGCCACAUUUGCAACAAAGCCUUCAGGACCAAUUUCCGUCUUUGGAGCCACUUUCAGUCGCACAUGUCGAGCGCGAGCGAGCCCCGAGCGAAAGACGCCGACGACGGCCCCCCUCUAUCCCCGUCCCCGCCUGCGCCACCUCAAAACUCUGAACUACGCUCCCCGCAGGCCUCCGCGCUCGCGGCGGGCGACGACGAGUCCAGCAGCCCCGAGCCGUCCAUGUCGUUGGCGAAUAACGCCAAGAUGACUCAACCCGAGCGGCCACCCAGCAGCCACAGCCCCUUGUCGAGGUCGAACAGCGUGGAAAGCCCCGGCAGCGCUCCGAACUCGGACACCCUCUUUUAUCACGCACCGUCUCUCUCCGCCUUGGCGUUCAAGAGGCAGUACUUGUGUAAGCUCUGUCACAGAACCUUCAAGACGGCUUUCAGUCUCUGGAGCCAUGAGCAGAGUCACGGUCAUGUGUGAGCAUCGUGGAUGGUUCUAGAAGAGGGGGAUCCAUACGUAUCGUGAUCACACACAAAAAAAAACAAGACUUUGAAUGUAUGUAUAGCUUAGUUGCUUGCCUCCAGUAUGUUAUAUUCAAGUGGCCAUGUUGACUCGGGGAAUUAUUAGGGACACGCUGAAAUAUAGUCAAGAUAUGACAAAACAGUAAAGCUAUGAGAAUAAUAUCGGAAAGUUACAUUCAUUAAUUUUCUACUGCUUUUCCUCACCGGGGGUGCUGGAGCCUAUCCCAGCUGUCUUGUACACCCCGGACUGGUGGCCAGCCAAUCACAGGACACAUAUAGACAAACAACCAUUCACACUCACAUUCAUACCUAUGGACAAUUUGGAAUCGCUAAUUAACCUAGCAUGUUUUUGGAAUGUGGGAGGAAACCGGAGUACCCGGAGAAAACCCACGCAUGCACGCGGAGAACAUGCAAACUCCACACAGAGAUGGCCGAGGGUGGAAUUGAACCCUGGUCUCCUAGCUGUGAGGUCUGCACGCUAAUCACGAGACCGCCGUGCAGCCCCCCGUCUUUCAACAGAAAAAAAAGGUUUAGUAAUCAGCAAAAUAACAUAGCUAAGUUUCAAGAAAAUAUCUGUUCCUGACUAAAAAUUGAGAAAAAUACAUUACAUUACAAUACAAAUACAUUUCAAGAAUUAGAGCCCUCUAAAUUUGAAAUAACACCCCCAUAGUCACUUUACCAGCAAAAUAACAUAGCUACGUUUCAGGACAAUAUCCGUUCCUGACUAAAAAAAAAUUGAGAAAAAUACAUUACAUUACAAUACAAAUACAUUUCAAGCAUUAGAGCCCUCUAAAUUUGAAAAAACACCCCCAUAGUCACUUUACCAGCAAAAUAACAUAGCUAAGUUUCAGGAAAAUAUCCGUUCCUGACUAAAACAAAUGGAGAAAAAUACAUUACAUUACAAUACAAAUACAUUUCAAGCAUUAGAGCCCUCUAAAUUUGAAAUGACACCCCCAGUCACUUUUCCAGCAAAAUAACAUAGCUAAGUUUCAGGAAAAUAUCUGUUCCUGACUAAAAAUUGAGGAAAAUACAUUACAUUACAAUACAAAUACAUUUCAAGCAUUAGAGACCUCUCAAUUUGAAAUAACACCCCCAUAGUCACUUUAUCAGCAAAAUAACAUAGCUAAGUUUCAGGAAAAUAUCCGUUCCUGACAAAAAAAAUUGAGAAAAAUACAUUACAUUACAAUACAAAUACAUUUCAAGUAUUAGAGCCCUCUAAAUUUGAAAUAACACCCCUAUAGUCACUUUACCAACAACCAUUCACACUCACAUUCAUACCUAUGGACAAUUUGGAGUCGCCAAUUAACCUAGCAUGUUUUUGGAAUGUGGGAAAACAUGCAAACUCCACACAGAGAUAGCCCAGGGUGGAAUUGAACCCUGGUCUCAUCGCUGUGAGGUCUGUGUGCUAACCACACGACCACCAUGCAGCCUGGAAAGUUACAAGAAAAGUUAAAACAUUGUCAUAUUUCAGCUUUAUUUAGUAUAUUUUUUCUUUUUACAGUGCAGCUGUAAUAAUCUCAUAUAAACAUGAAUGUGCAAACAAGUGCUAGAUUAUUAUUAUUUUUUUGUUUUGUUUUUAGAAAUGAUUUUCCGUACCAAAUGACGAUCAAUAUGAUAGUUGUAUUAGUUGCCUAAUUGUAUUUGCAUUUGUGUGUCGUGUAAGAGAGCAAGGUUGUGACCAAUGUGACUUCCGCUGUACCACAUGUGACUUUAUUAAGAAAACAAAGAGGUAUUAUUAUGUAUAAUUCAUAAGUGCUUUUAUGUUCGGAGGCCGCAGUUCAAUUCUAGGCUGAAAAGCUUUUUCUGUUGUUAUUAUUGUAUCACAUAUCUUUCUUGGUGCAAGUGACUCUCGGGGUAGAUCAUAAUUAGUUUGUUGCCUUUUUGUAUAAAUAGGGAUUGUGCAGUUUAGAACCGUUACAUAUGCCUGUUUUUUUUUUCAUAUUUUAUUUUUGUAUUGUAAUUCAUGUAAUAAGAGCAGGUAUUAUAUUACACGCAUAGCAUCUCAGGUUGAAAGCAUUUGAGAACACUGAUAAUAUUCAUUCAUUCAUUGGGUGCUGGAGCCUAUCCCAGCUGUCUUCAGGCGAGAGGCGGCGGGGUACACCCUGGACUGGUGGCCAGCCAAUCACAGGGCACAUAUAGACAAACAACCAUUCACACUCACAUUCAUACCUAUGGACAAUUUGGAGUAGCCAAUUAACCUAGCAUGUUUUUGGAAUGUGGGAGGAAACCGGAGUACCCGGAGAAAACCCACGCAUGCACGGGGAGAGCAUGCAAACUCUGCACAGAGAUACCCGAGUGCGGAAUUGAACCCUGGUGUCCUAGCUGUGAGGUUUGCACGCUAACCACUAGACCGCUGUGCAGUCCCCCGUCUUUCAUCAGGAAAAAAAACCGUUUAGUAAUCAGCAAAAUAACAUAGCUAAGUUUCAGGAAAAUAUCCGUUCCUGACUAAAAAAUUGAGAAAAAUACAUUACAUUACAAUACAAAUACAUUUCAAGCAUUAGAACCCUCUAAAUUUGAAAUAACACCCCCAUAGUCACUUUACCAGCAAAAUAACAUAGCUAAGUUUCAGGAAAAUAUCCGUUCCUGACUAAAAAAAAUUGAGAAAAAUACAUUACAAUACAUUUCAAGCAUUAGAGCCCUCUAAAUUUGAAAUAACACCCCCAUAGUCACUUUACCAGCAAAAUAACAUAGCUAAGUUUCAGGAAAAUAUCCGUUCCUGACUAAAAAAAAUUGAGAAAAAUACAUUACAUUACAAUACAAAUACAUGUCAAGCAUUAGAGCCCUCUAAAUUUGAAAUAACACCCCCAUAGUCACUUAACCAGCAAAAUAACAUAGCUAAGUUUCAGGAAAAUAUCCGUUCCCGACUAAAAAAAAUGAGAAAAAUACAUUACAUUACAAUACAAAUACAUUUCAAGCAUUAGAGCCCUCUAAAUUUGAAAUAACACCCCCAUAGUUACUUUACCAGCAAAAUAACAUAGCUAAGUUUCAGGAAAAUAUCUGUUCCUGACUAAAAAAACAUUUGAGAAAAAUACAUUACAUAUGUCCGAGUUACUCAUUUGGGGAAAAGGGGGGGUUCUUUAUGUAACUACGGGUGAUAACAUCAGGAUCAGUGAAGCACACGGACUUUCUUGCAUCGUCGUCAAAUUGUUCCACAGCUGUAUUUUCUGGAAUAUCGCAUCGGUGAAAAAAAAAUUUGCUAUGAAAUGUAAAAAAAAAUUGCAUUUAUGUAUUUAUUUUGAAGUUAAUCUCAUGAAAGAGAUUAACUUGCACACACGGCAACAGACUGAAUCGGUGUCCAGUGUAUUCACGCAGCGCAUUAACACAAAAUGGAACGCGGUAUCCUUUGCUAUAUUCCGUAUUUCAGUGAUUUUCAACCACUGUUCCGCGGCACACUAGUGUACCUUGAGAAACCGUCAGGUGUGCCGUUGAGGAAUUAUCCAAUAUCACUUUUUAUAAUUAACAUUUAUUAAUCAUCAUUUGCAAAUAGCCAUUAUGUCAAUAGUAUACAUGGACCCAAAUAUUCUAAUUGCAUUUGGUUUAUUUGCUCAAACGGAAAGAAUUGAACAGGGAUGGAAUAUUCCUUUAACCAAUCCGAUUGAGGUAUCUUUUAACCCGUUCAAACGGAAAGUUGUCAGGGUGCGUUCUUCUUCUUCGUGGUGUUUUUCUUCUUCUCUUGUUUAUUGGCGGUUAGCAAGCAGCUUUUGUGUGCAUUAGCGCCAUCUGUGGAACAGAAUCCAAACCCUUCUAUACUUUAUUCAUAAAAAAGAAAAGAUAUAUCUAUAUAAAACAUGUCCCGAGUUUAAUUAUAAAAUAUUAGCAAGAUUGAAUUUGAUCUUUUCCUGUUUAAAUUGAUCCCGGGUUGCGUUCUUUCAGCGCAUGCUCAGAUAUGACGUAACACGCAGAUCCAGACGUUCUUCCGUUUUAAAAAUGGCGGCGAGCAAUCGGCACUUUGUUUUUGAUUCAAACUAAAAAUUUCAAGACUGGACAGACGAAAAACUGUCAAUACGGAGUUAUUCCAACAAAUGAAAGAAAAACUUCAGAAAAAAGUCGGUAUCACGUGAUGUUGAUGUUUACGUUUUACUGGGCAUGCCCUAUUGACUAUUCUGGUUGAUUUUCACGGCGCAUGUAGACAAGAGAUUGGAAUAUUCCUUUCCAUGGAUACCAUUGUUUCCCGAAAGGUCAUUCGGAAAAGAGAAAAAGUGGUGAUGUAAAAACGUGGCUACUGUGGAGUGUCUGUGGUGUAAAGACUGGCAGAGCAAUGUAAUAUUGGUCCGUGUGGCAACACCUACCUUGUUCCUCCGAUUAGACUUAUUGAUGCACGUGUGAGGUCGUGGUGACAUUUUGGAACAUUUUUGGUUAGCGGUGUGCCGCAAGAUUUUUCCAAUGUAAAAAAAAAACGUGCCGUGGCUCAAAAAAGGUUGAAAAUCACAGCCGUAUUUAAUCCCGUAGAAACUCAAAUACAAAUCAAUUCAUUAGUUUUUUUUUUGUUUUUUUGUGUCUUUGUUAAAUAAUUUGGAAUCAACAGGGAAUUCAUUAAUUAUAUCUUCCAUUGUAUUUUUUGCUUUUGAUUGUGAAUUUUUUUUUUUAUAUUAUUGAUAUUGCGACUAUUCGGAAGCAGUUCUAUUAUGUAAAGAGCGCCCUCAACUGUUGUGGUGUUAGAUUGUUUUUUUGUUUUUUUAAGGAACUUUGCAUUGUUAAUAGCAGCUCUCAGAUUUUUUGGGAGAAACAUUUUAUUAGGACUGUGUACCUGGAAGUGUUCAGAUGUUUUGUACCGAUUUUAUGAAGAAAAAAGACACGUUUUAGUACACACAUGUUGGAUUUGCAAUAAUAUUUGUAUCCGCAAUGGUUGUGUUAUUGUUGCUUUUUUUGCAGCUGUUUUGUGUUUAGGUUUUUCCAAAGUUUAUGUGAUUUAUGUGUGUAAAGAUCAAUGUAUGAGUAAAAAAAAAAAUUGAAAAAAAAUUUGAUUUUGUAGUAAAUAUUUUGAGGAGUUUGGUAAGGGUUUUAUCAUUCAUAGUUCAUAUUUUUGAUGCAGGAUUACCCAUCAUGU